CAGUAACAUGCAGAACGUGGUGGAUGACCUCACCAGUUAUCUGGAACAUCGUCUGGACCCUGGGGGAGACAACAAGCUGCUGCUAUAUGACUUGUGCACCGUCAUCAAAACAGCCACGAAAGCAGAUGGAUUUGCACUUUACUUCAUGGGAGAAUGCAACAAUAGUGUGUGUUUGUUUAAACCGACGGGGACUAAGGACGGUCUUCUCAUCCCAGCUGGCCCCAUCAUGUUUGGGACCACCAUCGCCGCACACGUCGCCACAACACGCAAAACACUGCUAGUGGAGGACAUCACAGGGGACCAGCGUUUCCCAGAAGGCACAGGACAGGACUCAGACUCAGGGAUUCAUGUUCACUCUGUCCUGUGCCUGCCCAUCCUCACUGCCAUCGGUGACCUCAUAGCUAUCCUGGAGCUGCAUCGGCACUGUGGCCACGAGCCCUUCAAUACCAGCAACCAGGAGGUCGCAACGGCGAGUUUAGCAUGGGCAUCUGUAGCUAUUCACCAAGUACAGGUGUGCAGAGGCCUAGCCAAACAGACUGAGCUCAAUGACUUCCUACUAGAAGUGUCAAAAACGUACUUUGACAACAUUGUGGCAAUAGAUUCUCUACUUGAACAUAUAAUGAUAUAUGCAAAAAACCUGGUGAAUGCAGAUAGAUGUGCACUAUUCCAGGUGGACCACAAUAACAACGAACUGUACUCAGACCUGUUUGACAUCGGGGAGGAGAGCGAGGGCAAACCUGUCUUCAGGAAAACCAAAGAGAUUCGGUUUUCUAUAGAGAAAGGAAUAGCGGGCCAAGUGGCACGGACGGGGGAGGUCCUUAACAUCCCAGACGCCUAUGCAGACCCACGCUUUAAUAGAGAGGUGGACCUCUAUACAGGCUACACCACGCGGAACAUCCUAUGCAUGCCCAUUGUUUCCAGGGGGACCGUAAUAGGGGUCGUACAGAUGGUUAACAAGCUGAGUGGAAGUGCCUUCACCAAAACAGACGAGAACAACUUCAAGAUGUUCGCCGUCUUCUGUGCUCUAGCCUUGCACUGUGCCAACAUGUACCACCGGAUCAGGCACUCUGAGUGUAUCUACAGGGUAACCAUGGAAAAGUUGUCCUACCACAGUAUCUGUACAUCAGAGGAGUGGAAGACCCUCACACAGCUGGACCUGCCUACGCCCCUAUACAAAGAGAUAGAACUGUUUCAUUUUGACAUUAGUCAGUUUGAGGAGCUGUGGCCAGCUGUCUUUGUUUACAUGGUCCACAACUCAUGUGGAGAGACCAGUUUUGAGUUGGAGAAGUUGUGCAGGUUCACUAUGUCUGUGAGGAAGAACUAUCGGCGUGUUCCCUACCACAACUGGAAACACGCGGUGAACGUGGCUCACUGUAUGUACGUCAUACUGCAGAAGACCACUGGCAUCUUCACUGAGAUAGAGAAGAAGGGUCUGCUGAUAGCCUGUCUAUGUCAUGAUCUGGACCAUCGAGGCUACAGUAACACCUACCUGCAGAAGUUUGACCAUCCUCUAGCUGCCCUAUACAGCUCGUCUACUAUGGAGCAGCACCACUUCUCCCAGACUCUAUCCAUCCUGCAGCUGGAAGGGCACAAUAUUUUCUCCAACCUGACUUCCAGUGAGUACGAGCAGGUGCUAGAAGUCAUCCACAAGGCCAUCAUCGCUACAGACCUGGCGCUCUACUUUGGCAACCGCAAACAGCUAGCUGAGCUACUGACCACGGGAGCACUGGACCUCAACAACCACCAACACAGGGACCGUGUGAUUGGUCUGAUGAUGACAGCAUGUGACCUGUGUUCCGUUACCAAGCUGUGGUCAAUCACGCGACUCACAGCCAAUGAUAUCUACGCUGAGUUCUGGGCCGAGGGGGAUGAGAUGAAGAAGAUAGGUAUGCAGCCCAUCCCUAUGAUGGACAGAGAUAAGAAGGAAGAGGUUCCUCAGGGGCAGGUGGGGUUCUACAAUGCUGUUGCCCUCCCAUGUUAUACUACCUUAUCUGAGCUCUUCCCCCCGUCUAGCCCUCUUCUACAAGCCUGCAAGGAGAACCUUGGCCAUUGGGAGAAGAUAGUGAAUGGAGAGGAGGAGGACAGUGGAGUGAGAGGAGUGUGGGCUCCAUCAGAGCCUGUUGACCCCAGGGUAGAGCCUGUUGACCCCAGGGUAGAGCCUGUUGACCCCAGGGUAGAGCCUGUUGACCCCAGGGUAGAGCCUGUAGACCCCAGGGUAGAGCCUGUGGACCCCAGGGUAGAGCCUGUAGACCCCAGGGUAGAGCCUGUAGACCCCAGGGUAGAGCCUGUUGACCCCAGGGUAGAGCCUGUAGACCCCAGGGUAGAGCCCAGCACGGAGGAACCAUCUAACCCUGACUCAGGCCCUGUGAAGGUGGACAACUGACUGGUAGUGAAGCCACUGCUCGCCCUCACUACCACACAAGUCAAUAUGCCCUCACUACCACUCGCCCUCAACAUGUCCCCUGCCAUCAGGUGUGUGUACUUCCUGUCUGGACUUCCUGUGUCAGCGCCUCAAUUCCUGCUGCAACAGGAAGGGGCGGGAAACAUGCGUAGGCACAAGCGAAGGUGAUUGGUGGAUUUACAAACAAGGGGAUUCUUUUCAGAAACACACAGUUACCUCAUUGGGUGAGGGAUGUCCCGUAGACACGGACGGAGGACAGCAGGGGUGUGUUCAUUAGGGAUCAAACGCAAGUAAACGGGCCGAAACAGGGAGGGACUACCUGGACUGGUCCAAUAAGAAACGGUUGUUUUACGAUUUCCGUUGCAAAAUGUUUUGCUACGUUUUGCUAUGGUAUGCACUGAUGAAUACAGCCGAGAGAGAAGUGGGGACUCGGUCCCAAUCACCUGAUCCACUCCACUGCUUAGGAGCCAGUCCAGACCUGUCUGAGCUGAUCUGUAUGUCUGUGCUUUUGUUUUUGUUUGUUUUGAUUUGAUUUUAAUGUUAAUUCGAUUUUUUUUAUUUGGGCUGGUUUGUUUUAUGUUAUGGAAUUUGCAGAGGCCUUAGUCUUUACACUCUAAACCUUUAUAAAGGGCAGGAGGUGAAAUCUUGACUUUUUGUUUGUUGGUUCUGACGUUAUGAAUGUGUCUGAAAUGGUACCCUAUCUCCUAUAUAAAGCACUACUUUUGACCUGGGCCCAACAUAACUAAAACCAUUCCUCUUAACUCCCGGGCGUUUUCCAAAAGACCCCCUGUAGGCCCUGGUCAAAAGUAGUGCACUCUAUAGGGAAGAGGGUACCAUUUAGGGAAGAGGGUACCAUUUAGGGAAGAGGGUACCAUUUAGGGAAGAGGGUACCAUUUGGGACGCAGUCUAUUGAAAUAGUACUGUUUGUUUGCUUGCUGUGGUAGACUGACUGGUAGAGGAGGUUGUUGGUUCUCAAAGAGAAACAGAAAGAAUGUUUAGAUUGUUGUCGAAACGAAGCCUCUAGAAUGUCUUCUAGAAUGUUCUAGAAUGUUUUCUGUCACUUUGAGCAAAAAAAUGAUGUUUUUUUGCAGUACUUGAAUGAAGACAUACAGAACAUACAUUCUAUUCUCUUCAGAGAUGGCAAAAAUAGAGCAGAAAUCCCCCCACAGCGUCUUAUUAUCAAAGCACAGACAGACAAAGUGUGACCAGCGGGGCUGAGUUAGAUAAUGUCAACACUUAGCUAGCCGUGUCACACGAGAGUCACAAUGUUCCAUGCAGAAAGGGCCCCUAGUACCCAACACCCAGGCAGACCUGGGUUCAAACACCAUUUAAAAUCAUUUCAAAUACUUUAUCUGGGCUUGAUUGAGCUUGCCUGGCACAA